GUCAAAUUUUUAAUAUAGCCUUGAUGGUGAUACUCAUUCUUAGACAUCACAGAAAUUUCACCUUUAACCCCAGGUCUAUUCCAAUAGACUUGAGGGGACUAGAUCAAAUUAAAAAUUCUGGAAAUCUAAAGGAAGCAUUAGUCACUACCAAAAAACUUCCAUUCAAGGCUUUAUUAUUAUAUAAUACUAGUUUUUUGUCAACUUAAUGAUAGUGUGCAAUUGUAAUUGUUUUACCGGGCUAUUUUUCACAACUUCACCCCCACAAAAGGUAUAGGCUAGUCCACAUCAAAGAUGGCGGAAAACUUGAAUUUUGAUCAGGAAAACAAUGCCCCUGGACUUCAUUCAACGCCUUUCUUCGACUUAGAUGUCACUGUGACUUUUCUGCUGCAUUUUUAGACCUCUCUCCUUGUUAGACAGCACAAUACGUCAUCUUAACGUUGUCUUUGACUGCGGUGUCGGACAUACAAAUAUGUUUACCGGUUGACGAGACAGCGGGCGCGCAUAACAUAAGGACACGUCAUGCUAGCUGUGCUUGCUGUUGUGAGUCACAUUUGCGUUUCUAGAUUUCUUCCAUGCCAGCUUCAGAUGAACCCAACGUUUAUAUUAGUGUAACUGCUAGCGGUCGCCCGUACAUGCAGGGACUUGUAAAAGAAGGGUAGCCAUCUUGCUUUGGUGAGGGAAUCAGAUUAAAAUUAAUCCACACAGAACGACAGAGAUGUUUCUUGUCCCGGAGUUGAGCUCGGAGCCGCUCCAGAUUUUCCUGUGGAUCGCCUACAUCUUCGCGGUGACGGUGGUGGUGACGGUGGUGCGGUCCCGCCGUAAGCUGGAUCUGCCAGUCAGGGAUGUUACCAAGGGACACCGCUGGUACGAGGUGGAGAUCUUUCCACGGCCGACAUUUUGCAGUGUGUGUGAAGAACACAUCAUGGAGGGUGCUCACUGCGACUCCUGCGGCAUCUGUACCGACGAGGGCUGCGUUCACGCCGCGGACAAACUCUUCCCGUGCAAGCGUCUGAGCCUCCCCGGCCGCACCAGCAUGGACCACGUGUGGGCGCGCGGGAACCUGCCGCUGUGCAGCGUGUGUUUCGUGUGCGGCGUGCAGUGUGGGACCAACCCGACCCUGUGUGAUCGCAGGUGUAUGUGGUGUCAGAGAACAGUACAUGACUGUUGUGCCGUUGAAGACAACAGGUGUGACUUUGGCCACUACAGAAGCAUGAUCAUCCCUCCGUACAGCGUGGGGCUACAGCUGGUGGGGAUACGCGGCCGGCGCCACCUCAGCGUCUCCAAACUCUACCCUCCCGUCAGGAUCUCCAACUGGAGCCCGCUCAUGGUGUUCGCUAACCCCAGCAGCGGAAACAACAUGGGGGAACAUCUACUGCGGGAGUUUAGGGAAGUCUUGAACCCCAUUCAGGUUAUAGAUCUCCACUCGCUGAGCCCUGUUGCAGGACUGGAAUUGUGCCGCCUCUUGCCGACCUACAAGUGUCGUCUGCUGGUGUGUGGGGGGGACGGGACCGUGGGCUGGGUCCUAGGGGCGCUGGACAGGGUCAAACUACAGAACCAGCCACUGAUAGGUGUCCUUCCCCUGGGUACGGGAAACGACCUGGCCAGAGUCCUGGGGUGGGGAGAAGGGUUCGUGGGGGAGAAGUCCCUUGACGAGAUUUUGACAGACAUCGCACAUGCAGAGGUGACACCAUUUGACAGAUGGACAGUCAGCAUCAUACACCAGAGACUUUUUGGUAUAAGAAGACCAGCUAAGGUGCUGGCCAUGAAUAACUACUUCUCCAUGGGUUGUGAUGCUCUGGUGGCGCUCAACUUCCACCGGCAGCGCCAGACCAGACCUGAACUCUUCACAAGCAGACUCUUUAACAAGUUCUGGUACUUCAGCUAUGGAGCCAUUGAUGUACUAGAGCAGGCCUGUGUGGACCUACAUGAGAGGGUUAAGCUUGAACUUGAUGGUCGGACGGUUCACCUGCCAGAGUUGGAGGGGAUCGUGGUGUUGAACAUCAGUUCAUGGGCGGGGGGAUUCAACCUGUGGAGCGGGACAGGGGAGGAGGAUGUUCCACCUGCCAGUUUCAAUGAUGGCAUCCUGGAGGUGGUGGGUCUGCACUCAUCCUUCCACAUGGGUCAGGUGAGGAUUGCCAUGGCUGACCCCAUCAGGCUGGGACAGGCACGGGUCGUCAAGCUGACUCUCCAGAAAGGGACCAAGAUGCCCGUGCAGGUUGAUGGGGAACCCUGGGAGCAGGGCUCUGCUACCAUCACCAUUUCCCUCAGGAACAGGGUAAACAUGCUGAAGAAAUCGGAGCAUCACGAGUAGUGUCAACUGCAGUGGACUGUGAAGCCUUAUGUAGUAGUACGGCACGAGAUUCCGGGCUCAUAUGUGUGUGGUGGACAGCUUUAGUGAAGGCGUCUCAGAGAUUGGUAAACAGAAUAGGGAUGAUAAAUGCAUCCACAACUUAAUAUUAACAUUUUAUCUCACUAUGUUUCCCAUAAGGGGCGGUAUAACCGCAACAGUGCUGUAAUACACUGUAUGACUUUACUACUACUACUAUGUUUCAUUGUCUUGGGGUCUGAAAAAGAUACACUGCUUUAUUCAACAUAGAUCAUAAGUGAACCUUUUUUGAGCAAGCAUUUCCUUAAGUCGAAGAAACUAAAGGCGCUAUGCUCUUUGUU